AUGACUACGAAUCACAUUAAAAAAUUGGACGAAGCGCUUAUAAGACCGGGCCGUAUUAACAUGAAGCUUGAAAUUCCGUUGGCAGAUUCAGACGUGACGAAAGACCUGUUCAGCUUCGUGUUCGGGCCCGAUAAACGACAUGACGCCAUUGAUGAUGAGAUAAUUUUGGAAUUGAGCAGGCUUGCAGGAGACUUUGCCAAGAAAGUCCCAGAGCUUAAGUUUAACACAGUGCAGAUUAUGUCUUUUCUCUUAGGCUACCUGUCGACAGAUAAGGAAAGGCAAGGGGGUCUCAACAAUAAGCUUACUCCAUACAUUCUUAUUUUAAGCGAUUUUAGCGGUUUAAGCGGUUAA